AUGAGGCAGAUUGAUGGUCUCCUAGGAGUUGUAACCGUUGAAACAGCGUGUUUGCAAAAAUGUCAAUCUGUCAAAGUGGUCAAACGCAUAACAAUCCCAAACAAAACAAAAAUGGCACAAUCACAGGAAACUCCGAUAGAUCGCAAACUUUGCGAAAUUUUUGAAGAUGCCUACAAUUUAAUGAACACUUUCGAUACAUGUAACGAUCCUACUAACAGUCUAGAAUUUCAGGCUAACAUUAAGAAAUGUAUCAGCUCAUUUGAAGACGCCACCCGUUUGGUGAGCCUUUGCGGAUUGUUCAGUUCCAACGAGGUGUAUGAUGAAGUUACCACCGAAAAUUUGCGCUAUUUUCUGCUUCCUUUUUUCUUAGGCCAGUUGACCUUGAAACUUUGUAAUGCGAACCGUAUGGAGAUUGUGGAAGUUGCAGAAAUUUACUACAACGAUUUUCUGCGCCGCUGUGAAGACUAUAAACUAUGCGACAAACCUGAAGCAAUUGUAGCUCUGGAUAACAUUAAUCGCGGAGACAAGAUCCAGGAGUUGAUGCGCAUGGGUCAGGAACGUAAUGCUAAACUGCAAAAGUACCAGGAAAAGAAAGAGUUGGACGACCAGAUUAAAAUAAUGAAAAUUGCCAUGGAGAAGGAACAUGUUGACGACGAAAUCAAGAGAGAAUUCUAUCUGAAGUUACUAAAUUCCUGCAUUAUUGAAGCGCGUGAAGAGCUAGUCAGUAUAAGCCAGGAAAAGCAAAUACUAGAGCACAUUGCGGUCAUGAGGAGAAGUGGUGAGGACGACAAACACAAACACCCUCCGAGGGGUCCACCGCCGAAACCUUUGAAACCAGUUAUCAUCACUAGAGAUGCUCUUCAGAAGGCAGUUUAUGGAAUGGGAUAUCCCAGCAUGCCCACCAUGACCGUGGCUGAAUUCUACGAGCAACGCGUUGCUGAAGGAAUCUUUCCGGAUCAGGAGAAGAUGAAGGAAAUCAAUAAAAAUUCGUUGAUGAAUCGGGUUUACCAGGAUAAUGAAGCAGAACAGGAAAAGGAUGCUGCAGAAAUUGAAGAAUUAAUCGAACAGGAUGACGAAGAGUAUUUGGCCCGACAACGUGCUAAGGAUGAGUUCAAGGAUGAACAUCGUCGGGGUUACGGUAAUCGUCACAAUCGCAGUUAAGGCGGCAAACAGUUGAUGCAUGAAUCGGCCAAUUCGCUUACCCAUUCAAAUUUUGUUUGUAUUCUGUAUGCGCUGCAACAAGAGGAUAAUCUUUCAACAAUGCAACUGACCGAUAGCCCCGUUAUUCAAUAAUAAGCAAGUAAAUUCACACGUUGAAACGAUUUUUUUUGUACCUGUAUGUUUCGAUAUUACAAUCACGGUGAUA